UCGACUCGUCGUCUCCUUCCUCCCGUCGCGCGUCUCACACUCUAGCCAGUCCACCUCCCCUCUCCAUCCCCGCCAGCCACCACCUAAAAAUAGCACGAGACCACCGCCUCCAUGCAUCUCGCGCGCUCCUUUCCCUCCCAUCCUCACCUCAUCAUCGCCCCUCUCCUCUCCUCGCCGUCCCCUCCAAUGCCCGUCUCCGCACCUCCGUUUCACCUCCCUUUCCAUGUCCAUCCGCACCCCCAAUGCCGCGUCAGACCCAGCGAGGCGGCGGGCGGACGCCGUCGGGUGGCUGCGCGGGGUGUUCCCGGACGUGCCCCUCCCGACACCGUCGGACGCCUCCGACAACGACCUGCACGCCGCGCUCUCCGGCGGCAGGCUGCUCUGCGCGCUCCUCAGGAAGAUCUGCCCCGGCGCCCUGCUGGACGACGCCUCCACGGACAAUGUAGGAAGGUUCCGCGCAGCCGUCGAGCGGAUGGGUGUGCCCACCUUCAGCGCCUUCGACCUCGAGAGGGGCCAAAUGACAGCUGUUGUGGAUUGCAUUCUCGCCCUCAGGGAUCGGUUCGGGUCACGCAUCAGCGAAGAACACGGCUUCAGUUUCCUCACCAGAAGCGAUAGCGAAGGAAGCAGAAGGCACAUGGAGGCCAAGCUGCAAAGAGUGCUCACCAGUCCAAUUAUGUCAGAACCGUCCAGUCCUUCAUUAGGGGCCGACCUGUAUUCUCCGUCGGGAGUAUUUCAGAUGAAACAAGGGGGGUAUGCUGAUCUUCCUGGCUGUAAAGUUUCAGACUUAAUGAAAUCCUCCAGCUUGGACAAUGCACCCACUCAGUCACUUCUCGGAGUCGUAAACAGCAUCGUUGAUGAGAGCAUCGAGAGGAAGAAUGGACAGAUACCUUAUCGCAUUGCUUGCUUGCUGAGGAAGGUCAUAGUUGAAAUUGAACGACGUAUGUCUUCUCAGGCUGGGCAUAUACGAAAUCAAAAUAACCUGAUUAAAGCUCGCGAAGAGAAGUAUCAAUCAAGGAUAAGAGUGCUAGAGGCACUAGCAGGUGGGGCAAGCGGGCAAACACAUAUGGAGAAAGAUAAGCAACUACCAGAGGAAGAUAUGGCUAGGCUGAUGAAAUGCCAGGAAGAGGUGGUUAGGUUGAUGAAAGAAAAGGAAGAUAUGGCUAGGUUGCUGAAGGAGAAGGAAGAUAUGGUUAGGUUGUUGAAGGAGAAGGAAGAUAUGGUUAGACUAUUGAAGGAGAAGGAAGAUAUUAUUGACUUGAAAAAUGUGAAGGUUGAAGAAAGACAACUAAUAGCAGAUGAAAGAAAAGAUAGGUUACUUAAGGAGAAGGAUGAUAGUAUAGUUAGAUUGAAAAAGGAGAAGCAAGAAGUGGUUAGGUUACUGAAGGAGAAGGAAGAUAUGGUCAGUUUGUUAAUGGCGAAGGAAGAUAUGGUUGACUUAAAAAAAGUCAUGGUUCAAGAAACACAAAGAAUAACAGAUGAGGGAAAAGAUAGGUUACUUAAGGAGAAGGAUGAUACUAUAGUUCGAUUGACAAAGGAGAAGGAAGAGAUGGUUAGGCUGAUGAAGGGCAAGGAAGAUACUGGUAUUGAUAGGCUGAUUGCAGAGAAGAGCACUAAUGUGGUUAUGUUGACACAGGAGAAGGAAGAGAUGAUUAAGUUGCUGAAAGAGAAGGAAGAUAUAAUUCUAUUAAUGAAGGAGAAGGAAAACAUGUUCAUGUUAAUGACGGAGAAGGAAGAUAAGGUUGACUUGAAGAAAGGCACAGUUGAAAACAUGAAGCAACUAAGCGAUGAAGAUGCACAUACAUCAACUAAGGAGAAGAGUGACAUAAUUAGGUUGAUGAAGGAAAGUGAGGAUUCUAACAAUUCAAUUAUGAAACUUAAGCUGGAAUUAGAAGCAUUAAGAUCAUUACAUGAGGAGAACUGCAAGUUGUUAGAAUCUAAGAAUAAAGAUAUUGUUAAGCUUAUUGCAGACAAGGAAGACAGUGCCGGUAUAAUUUUGCAACUAAGGCAAGACAUGUCAACUAAGGAGAAUGACAAAAUUCUUAAGUUGAUGAACGAAAAAGAGCACGGUAACAACAUAAUUUUGAAAGUUAACAUGGAAAUGAAAGCAUUACAAUCAUCAUAUGAGGAAGCCUGCAAACUGUUAGAAUCCAAGGAGAAGGAUGUAGUUACGCUUCUUGCAGAUAAGGAAGAAGCCAGAAAAUUGUUAGAAUCUAAGGAGAAAGAUGUAGUUAAGCUUCUUGCCGAUAAGGAAGACAAUGCUAGUUUAAUUCUUCAACUCAGAGAGGAGCUUGAAGCAGCAAAAAGGUUACACGAGAGAGAUAGUCAGCAAUUAGAGGCCAGAGCUUCCCAACUAAAGGAGGAGCUGGAACAGAGGAUAAAAGAAGUAGAGCUCAUGUUAGAGGAUUCUAUCAAGAAAAGAAGAGAACAUGAGGAAGUAUUGAAAUCUAGAAUCCAGUUCUGGGAGCAGAAAGGAAUAGUGGUCAACCAAUUUGUGGGUUUGCAAAUACAAAACGUUCAGGAUUUGAGGCUAUGUUCUGUUUCAGUUAGGCAUGAUAUUCUGAAUUGUCAACAAAGAUGGCUUGAAGAACUAGCUGGCCUUGGACAAGACCUUAAGGUGGUAACCAAUGCUGCAGAAAAAUAUCAUGCAGCUCUUGCAGAAAACAGGAAGUUAUUCAAUGAGAUUCAGGAACUUAAAGGAAAUGUCAGAGUUUUAUGUCGGAUAAGACCGUUUCAACCUGGGGAAGAUGAGAAAUCCAGUUCAGUUGAAUAUAUUGGCGAAAAUGGUGAACUUGUUUUAUCGAACCCUACAAAACCGAAGGAAGGGAGCAAAAAUUUCACAUUUAACAAAGUUUUUGGCCCUACCACUACACAAGAUAAUGUCUUCAAGGACAUUCAGCCUCUAAUUAGAUCAGUUCUUGAUGGCUACAAUGUUUGCAUUUUCGCAUAUGGUCAAACUGGAUCAGGGAAAACAUACACUAUGAUGGGUCCUGAAAAGGCAACUGAGAAGGAAUGGGGCGUCAAUUAUAGAGCACUAAAUGACCUUUUCAAUAUCUCCCGUGACCGACAAGAUACUAUCACGUAUGAACUUAGUGUUCAAAUGAUUGAGAUCUACAAUGAGCAAAUUCGUGAUCUCCUUAGUGCUGGUGGUGUGCAGAAGAAAAUAGGGAUUCAGAAUACCAUCCAGCCCAACGGAAUAGCUGUUCCUGACGCAACGAUGUGUCCUGUACACUCAACUUCUCAUGUUAUUGAGCUAAUGCAAACUGGGCACGGCAAUAGAGCCAUGAGUGCUACAGCAUUAAACGAGAGAAGCAGCAGAUCUCACAGUGUUGUGACCAUUCAUGUCCGAGGCCAGGAUCUAAAAACUGGGAACACUUUACGUGGCGCUCUACACCUUGUGGAUCUUGCUGGAAGUGAGAGGGUGGACCGCUCUGCGGUUACAGGAGACAGGCUCAAAGAAGCACAACACAUCAACAAAUCUCUUGCUGCUCUUGGGGAUGUUAUAUUUUCUUUAUCACAGAAGAAUGCCCAUGUACCAUACCGAAAUAGCAAGCUUACACAAGUCUUGCAAACUUCACUGGGUGGGCAUGCAAAGACUCUAAUGUUUGUGCAGGUUAACCCAGAUGUUACAUCUUAUACAGAGACCUUAAGUACUCUUAAAUUUGCGGAGCGAGUGUCUGGGGUGGAACUAGGUGUUGCGAGGACCAAUAAGGAGGGAAAAGAAGGCAAAGAUGUCAGAGAAUUGAUGGAUCAGCUUUCAAUGCUCCAAGAUACUAUUUCGAAGAAGGAUGAUGAAAUCGAACAGCUGCAACUACUCAAUACUAGCUCACUGAAGUCCAACAGACAAGCUGGUUCCCUAUUGAAGCAUUCUUCCUCUUCUCCGGGCAUGACAUCACUAGCAAAGGUCUCAAGUGUUGGCAGCGGAGCAGCUUCUGAUCUUGAUAACUUCUCUGACAUUAGUGACAGGCAAUCUGAAGCUGGGUCCACGCUCUCCAUUGAACCUGAGGCUUCUGGUCUUGGUGAUAUUGACUCUGACGGAAGGUUAAGUGAUGCAUCUGAUGGAGGCAAUUCUACCGGUGCAGAAACUGACUGUUCAGUAAGCAGCGCGGUGGACCAAGGGCAAGACAAAACGUCUAGCGCUGCGAAAGUGCGGUUGACAAAAGCGGUAUCUCGUGUUCAGAAGUUGACAGUCCCAAAAGCAUCAGGCUUGCGGCCUAAACCAAGGGAUCCUCCUGUUCCUAAACCCUCAGCGCCAACAGGGACACGAAGAAGUACCACCCAAGCAACUCCAUCGGCGAGAGUUACUGGUACUGCAAAGCGGGGACCAUAGAUCAAGUUUCUUAACAUUUGGUUAAACCAUUUCCCAGUUACCUUAAAUAUCUCAUUAGAAGUUCUAGAGUGUACGAGUGUCUAGCUUUGGUGUAACUAUGUACAUUUGAGUUAGAAAUUAGAGAUGGAGAAAAAUAGUUAGUGCUCUGAAUCUCGUGUGUUCUAUUCACAAGAUGAUGAUAUAGUAGGAAAACCUUAGACAUAAGGAAAACCAUAAAACAUUCUCACGCAGGUUUGUCUUGUAUCAGUGAAUGUUGUACUUUUGCCCUAGUUGUGUUUCCUUCAGUUGAUCUAAAGAUCUGAUAGAUCA